AUGGAGCGCCUGCUGGGGCUGCUCACCAAGGCUGAGUUAAGGCUGAAUUCUUUCUAUUUGCAUGGACUGACCUGCCUGCGGAGGCCCUGCCCCACCCCUCUUCCCAGUGAACUGGGCGGAGCAGAACCUUCUCCUGUGAAGAGACUUAAGGAAUUCCAGAUCAAAUCAUAUCCUGUACAGGAUUUUAGCUCUCUGAAACUUCAGCGUCUCCAGAAAGCCUAGGAACAAAAGGGGACCAGCUUCAGUAGGAAGAUUAAUACCCUAGGAAACAGUCUCCCGAAGACCUUGGGCCCAGAAGUAAAAUCCAGGCAUCCUCAUCAGCUGGAGUGUCCCACGAUCAAUACCAAGCAUGGUGAUAUCCCGAAGGAGGCUUCAGUGGGGGCCUACGUCAAGCUCCACACUGCAGAGGAAGGAGAAAUCAUAGGACUUCACCAGACCCUCCUCCCAGACAACCAACAAGACACACGGCCCUUCGUCCUCACGAGCCUGGGAACUGAGUUGAUAAUGGUGAGGAAAGACAAAUUUUGUGAACUGAUGGUCAGCGAGGCAACAGAGAAGUUGUCCACGUUCAAGAUGGGGUACCCCAGCGAUGACGAUAUGUGCCAGAAGUUCCUCAUGGAGAACAGCUGGAAUAUCUUUCGGAAGGACCUGGUGCAGCUGCUGGUGGAGCCUCGCCGAUGUCCACCAUUCACCCCAAUUCGGCACAAGAAGGAAGAGAUCUACAACCCCAAGUCUCUGACACUGGAUUUGUGUAGCUUCAAUAAGAAGACUACACCUUACUCUCCCAUUUUUAUGGCACCCCAGAAAAAUCUACCCCCCUUGAGGGUUGUCCAAGCCAUCACAGAACCCUGGUACAAAAUCCAGGAACUCCUGCCUCAGUACAAGAAUGCAGGGGUCCUUGUUUAGACCCAAUAAAGGAUGUAGAUUUGACCACUGU